AUGACCUUGGCAAUUGGUUUAGUGGGGGCUCUCCUAACAGGAGAUUGGUCUUUUGUUUUUUGUGAGGGUUCACCUGGGACUGAUGAUGACUCUGAUGCUGACUCUGACGCAAGCGUCAGCCAAGAGCUGCCGAGCCCUUCUCGCCCGGGACCCGCCGCUCCGGCCCCUACUACUUCUGCUGCUCAUCCCCUCGAGCCAGCAACUCCUCAAGCCCCUGAGCCCUCGGCCCUAGAACAAAGGACGAACUCCUCCUGGAGAAUGUGGAGCAACGCAAGGGGGCUCUCGGAGAGGGCCAAAAGGUCUCCGACGUUCGACACGCAGUUGAACGGGACUUUUGUGUCCACACUCCAGGAGACCAAUUCAAUUUCAUAA